AUGCGCUCUCUGGCUCGACAGCUGGCUAUGUUCGCCUUUCUGUUUUCUCUUCUGUUAUUUCUCAGUUCCGUAAUUUCAACCUGGUCAUCUGGCACAGGGGCUGCUGGUAUCGCCGGUUCUGUCUUCUACGCUAUUGUAACUUCCUUCGUUUCGCCUGAGGUCACUUUGCGUGCCACCAUCUUUGUGCCAAUCGCCAUGCUUUUCACCUACCUCUUCAUGCUUGACAAGCCUCCCUUGCCGGUCUUUGAUCUUCUGCGUUCGAGCCCUUGUAAGUCUGCCUGCUGUCCCCAACGAACAUACUAUACGGUCCUCUCUGAAAAUGGGAGGGUCUUUGAGGCCGACGAACCAAACACUCAAGUAGAUAUUACAAAUGAAGCAGAGGGAGAGUUAGAGGUUGUCGACGCGACCUCAUCACUUGACCCCUAUGCACAGGAUACUCAAUCCCGCCUGGAUUGGACAACGAAAUGCCGUCUCCUGAUGAGUAUCUUUCCAUUACUAAUGUCCCUGGCGCUUGUUUAUUUCUUCGAAUACCUCAUCAAUCAGGCUCUGUUUGAAUUGAUCUUCUUCGACACUUCGAAUCUCACUCAUGCUCAACAGUAUCGAUGUUAA